AGGUAAACUUCAGUCUUCCACGCGAGACCGGCGGCGCACCACGCACCAUUGAACGCGAUCAGUGAAAAUGUACAGGCUUGUUAGUUUACUGUUUGUAAUACAUACCUGCUCCAGUAGUCCCCAGUUAGACCUGCCUCCCAUAUCGAGCACGCAACGUAACUACGGCUAUGGAUUACUGUCGAGUACGCAGUCGAUAAACUCCCCAGGAAACCAGUAUGAUAGGAACUUCCAGUACAGUACAGCAAGACCGACAGCCGGUCCAAGUACCGCUGGUGUCUACUCAGUCUCCUCGACCCCGUAUAGCAGAAUCAACCCUGAUAUAAACAACAAUGGAUAUCCGAGUGUAGAUGGAAGGGUAUCUAGUUCUACCCUCAGACCCUACGAUGAUAGAAGUCGUGAUGAUAGAAUUGAUCUGAACAACGAUCCCAACUUUAGAAGGAACGAUCCGGAUUUUGUAAGAAGUGAUCCGAGGUACACAGGAUCCAACCCCUACGAUUUUAAUAGAGGUGAUACAAAUACCUUAGAUGAUAGGGUGAAUAGAGUGAAUUUGCAGCAGAUCAGGGAUUUUCUUCUCCAAGCUGACGACCAGGCUUCGAAAGAAUGUACGAAUAAUGUUGCAGCGCAGUGGAACUUUGAAACCGAUGUUAACGACGCCACUCAGCAUGCAGCGCUGGACGCUCAACAACGCUACACUCUAUUCCAAAGAGGCUUAUGGGAGGCGGCCCAGCAGAUCCCACGAGGCGCCAUCAGAGACUUCGCCACGUACAGGCAGCUCAGUCUCCUCUCAAUUAUCGGCCCUGCUGCUUUACCGCCUGAUCAGUUGGAUAGAUACAACCGCAUCAUCAACGACAUGCUAGCAGUAUACAACACAGCAGAGAUAUGCGCGUACAACGAGCCCUUCAAGUGCGGUCUCCAUCUGCAACCAGAGCUGCAGUUCAUCAUGUCCCACUCUAGAGAUUGGGAUGAGCUGUCCCACGUCUGGACUGAAUGGAGAAGGAACACUGGCAGGAGGAUCAGGGAUCUGUACGAGCAGCUCGUGGAUCUGACGAAUCAAGCUGCCAGGUUGAAUAACUUCACCGAUGCUUCGGCUUACUGGAUGUUCCCUUAUGAAACUACAAACAUGAGACAAGAAGUAGACGAGGUGUGGGAGCAGAUCAAGCCCCUCUACGACCAGCUUCAUGCUUACGUCCGUCGUCGUCUGCGAGAGUCCUACGGUCCGGAGAGGAUCUCCAGAUCUGCUCCUAUCCCGGCGCACAUCCUGGGCGACAUGUGGGGGCAAAGCUGGUCGGGAAUAGUGCCCUUCACCCUCCCCUAUCCUGGCAAGAAUUUGGUUGAUGUGUCUCCAGAAAUGUUGAAUCAGGGUUACACUCCCCUGACAAUGUUCCAACUGGCCGAGGAGUUCUUUGUCUCUAUGAACAUGACAGCGAUGCCUCCUGACUUCUGGUCUCUCAGCGUGCUGGACAACCCCCCAGACAGACAUGUUCACUGCCAGCCGUCUGCGUGGGACUUUUGCAACCGACAUGAUUACAGAAUAAAGAUGUGCACGCACGUGGACAUGAAGGACCUCAUCACGGCUCACCACGAAAUGGCGCACAUAGAAUACUUCCUCGCGUACAGAAACCAGCCUAAGGUUUUCCGCGAUGGCGCUAAUCCUGGUUUCCACGAGGCAAUUGGUGAGACUAUCGCCCUGUCAGUAGCGUCUCCUCGCCAUCUCCAAACCCUGGGUCUCGUGCAGCGGUCCGUGGAUGACACAGCCCACGACAUCAACUAUCUGUUCACGCAAGCCAUGGACAAGUUGGCCUUCCUGCCAUUUGCCCUGGUGAUGGACCGGUGGAGGUGGGACGUCUUCACAGGAGACGUUAGGAAGGAACAGUACAAUUGUCAUUGGUGGAGGCUUAGAGAACAGUAUCAAGGCGUGAAGCCGCCAGUCCUUCGCUCCGAGUUGGACUUCGACCCUGGCUCCAAGUACCACGUGCCUGCCAACAUCCCGUAUAUAAGGUAA